AUGUGGUCAUCCAACUAUGUUUUCCCUCACUUCUACCUCAUUGCAACGUGGCUCCACGCGUCUGGCACUCAGGCCAGAGUGAAAGAUACCAUCGCAAAUUUGGAUUGCGCCCCCGGAGUGGCAUGCAUCCAUCACUACGAAGCAGUGCUGCGUCUGCCCUUUAACCGGACAGAUGGCGGUGCUGCUUCGACCUAUGGUGACACAAAUGCUACCAGCGUGCCCGGUUUCGAUAGGUUGAAUGAUUAUCACUUCCUUUCCUUUGACGAAAGCUUCCUUUCACUUGUUGGGGAUAAUGCCAGCUACGAGUUCUUCUUUUCAGUGGAGGAUAUCACCCAUGAGGGCCCUGUCUGGAUUCCCGACAAGAAGUGGGUUGUCUUUACAGAGAUCAACAAAUUCUGGCAGUACCGUCUAGAUCUGAGUGUAAAAACACCAAUUCUAUCAAAAUUCAACGCUUCUCCUCCCAUUUGGUCACCCGCUGGAGGAUCGUAUCACAAAGGUCUGGUAUACUUCACCUGCCCAGGCGGCGGAGGAUAG